CGCACACUCCUCCCACUCGAGGCUGGUGUCGCACCUUUACUCUUCCCCCGUCCUUCUUACUCGUUUUCUUCCUAUGGGGACCGCGUAUCGUGCGGCCAAGGGGCUGCUGGCCGUGGUGGGAUGGACAGGCUUGGGGGUUGGCCUCUGGUUCGCCGUAGCCCCGGACGAAACGCGCAGGAAGGAAAUGGCAAAGGAUCACCCAGGAUCUGAGCAACAGACAGAAAAGCAGCAGCGAAACGCGCUUGUGAUGUCCGUCAUUAAAGAGGCUGCUGAGACGAAUGAGAACGUGGCCAGCAAACAGUGGCCUUGGGGCAGAUAACCUGGUCCUUUUACUCAAAUGCAGAUUAGAACCCUAUCUUGUUCUUAUAGCAACACCAGAGGCACUCCAAGUGGCCAGCUUCUGGUCAAAGGACAUUU